GCCGGGCGCCAUCGGCGCGGGUUGCGUCAGACGAGGCGAUCCGCCGGGUCGGUGCGCCGCUCGCCCGACCGCGGUCCGCAAGAUGUUGCGGGCAGCCCCGCGCCUGUUGCGGACCUUCUGCACGAGCUCCGCGGCUUACCAGCAUAAGCUAAAGCUAGCCCUUAUAGGUCAAAGCAUUUUUGGACAAGAGGUUUAUAACAAGCUGAGGAAAGAGGGCCAUAAAGUUGUGGGAGUUUUCACAGUGCCUGACAAGAAUGGACAAGCUGAUCCUUUGGCACUGGCAGCAGAGAAGGACGGCACUCCUGUUUUUAAAUUUCCCAGAUGGAGAGCUAAAGGCAAGCCAAUCCAGGAAGUAAUUGCAGCCUACAAGUCAGUUGGAGCAGAGUUAAAUGUCCUUCCGUUCUGUACACAGUUCAUCCCAAUGGAUGUCAUUGACUGCCCAAAACAUGGCUCAAUUAUUUACCAUCCAUCCAUCCUACCACGCCACCGAGGAGCUUCUGCAAUCAACUGGACUUUAAUUCAAGGAGAUAAGAAAGCAGGAUUUACAAUUUUUUGGGCUGAUGAUGGUUUGGACACUGGACCGAUACUUCUUCAGCGAGAAUGCGAUGUUGGCCAAAAUGAUACUGUGGAUGAUCUGUAUAACCGGUUUCUCUUCCCGGAAGGAGUAAAGGCUAUGGUGGAAGCUGUACAUCUAAUUGCUGAUGGUAAGGCGCCUCGUAUACCUCAGCCGAAAGAAGGGGCAACAUACGAAGGGAUCCAGAAAAAGGAAAAUGCAGAGAUCUCCUGGGAUCAACCUGCAGCAGCUUUGCACAACUGGAUCCGAGGGCAUGAUAAAGUACCUGGAGCAUGGGCAAAAAUAGAUGACCAGGUGGUUACUUUUUAUGGCUCAUCGUUACUUGAUGCUUCAGUGCCUGCCGGACAAGAGCUGGCAAUAAGAGGUGCUUCAAGACCUGGACUUGUAACCAAGAAUGGUCUAGUCAUUUUUGGUAAUGAUGGGAAGAUGGUACUAGUGAGAAAUCUGCAGUUUCAGGAUGGAAAAAUGAUCCCUGCUUCUAAAUACUUCUCUGCUGAUGAAACAACUACCCUGGAACUUACAGAAGAGGAGAAAAAGAUGGCAGAAGAUAUUAAGGCUAUCUGGAAAGGAAUUUUGAGCAAUGUUCCUGUAAUAGAAGAUUCUACAGACUUCUUCAAAUCUGGAGCAUCCUCUAUGCAUGUUGUCAGAAUGCUAGAAGAGAUCAAACAGAAAUACAGUGGGCUUCAGCUUCAGAAUGAAGAUGUGUAUAUGGCCACUAAAUUUGCAGACUUUAUUCAAAUGGCUGUCAGAAAACUCAGAGGAGAGGAUGGAGAAGAAGAGUUGGUUGUCGAUUAUGUUUCAAAAAAUGUGAACAACAUGACUGUGAAUAUGCCGUACCAGUGUUUUAUUAAUGGUCAGUUUGUUGAUGCUGAUGAUGGAAAAACAUACGAUACCAUAAAUCCAACAGAUGAAUCAGUAAUUGCCAGUGUAUCUUCUGCUUCCUUGGCUGACGUUGACAGAGCAGUGGCAGCAGCAAAAGAGGCAUUUGAAGAUGGUGAAUGGGGAAGAAUGAAUGCAAGGGAAAGAGGGCGACUCAUGUACAAGCUUGCAGACCUAAUGGAAGAACAUCAAGAAGAAUUAGCAACUAUAGAGUCUAUCGAUUCAGGAGCUGUCUACACUUUAGCUUUGAAGACCCAUAUUGGAAUGUCUGUACAAACUUUCAGAUACUUUGCUGGAUGGUGUGACAAAAUUCAGGGUGCUACAAUUCCAAUUAACCAGGCCCGGCCAAACCAUAAUCUAACAUUCACCAAGAAAGAGCCAAUAGGUGUCUGUGCAAUUGUUAUCCCUUGGAAUUACCCUCUGAUGAUGCUUGCAUGGAAGAGUGCAGCAUGCUUGGCUGCAGGCAACACGCUGGUUCUCAAGACAGCUCAGGUCACACCUCUGACUGCCUUGAAGUUUGCAGAACUCUCAGCUAAAGCUGGAUUUCCUAAGGGUGUUAUAAAUAUACUGCCUGGUUCAGGUGGCUUAGUGGGACAGCACUUAUCUAAACAUCCAGAUGUUCGCAAAGUUGGCUUCACUGGUUCUACCCCAACUGGUAAAGAGAUCAUGAAGAGUGCAGCCACUAAUCUGAAGAAAGUUUCUCUUGAACUUGGCGGUAAAUCACCAUUGAUCAUAUUCAAUGACUGUGAACUUGACAAAGCUGUAAAAAUGGGCAUGGGAGCAGUAUAUUUCAACAAAGGAGAAAAUUGCAUUGCAGCUGGAAGGCUGUUUGUGGAGGAGUCAAUACAUGAUGAAUUUGUUAGAAAAGUGGUGGAAGAAAUAAAAAAGAUGAAAAUUGGUGACCCACUUGAUAGAUCAACAGAUCAUGGCCCACAGAAUCACAAAGCCCAUCUGGAAAAGCUGCUGAAGUAUUGUGAAACUGGAGUAAAAGAAGGAGCCACUUUAGUGUAUGGAGGAAGACAAGUAUGUAGACCAGGUUUCUUCAUGGAACCCACUGUAUUCACAGAUGUUGAAGACCAUAUGUAUAUUGCCCAGGAAGAAUCCUUUGGUCCUGUGAUGGUGAUUUCAAAGUUUAAAAAUGGGGAUAUUGAUGGAGUCCUGCAACGGGCAAACACCACAGAAUAUGGAUUGGCUUCAGGAGUUUUCACAAAGGAUAUAAGCAAAGCUCUCUAUAUCAGUGAAAAGCUGGAAGCUGGAACAGUUUUUAUUAAUACAUACAACAAAACUGAUGUAGCAGCACCAUUUGGUGGAUUUAAACAGUCUGGCUUUGGAAAAGAUUUAGGUGAAGAAGCUCUUCAUGAAUAUCUUAGAACAAAGGCUGUCACUGUGGAAUAUUAACAGCCUCCCUUGGAAAGUAAACUCUUGGCAGUUUCAAUUCUAAAGGUUCCAUGAAGCACUUAAUACCGUGCCUGGGAUGUGCCAUCUGCAGUGCUCCAACUAAAGAACAAACACACUCAUUCCAUAGGUAAUUUCUUUAAAUCAGGUCCACGUUUUAGUCUCACUGAAAGACAAAAGCAUUUGGGAAUUAGCCUGACACGGCAUCAAUGAUCCAGCAACUGUAGCAGUGCUUAGCACAAGAUAAAAAUAAUUUAAUAGUUUGGCUUAUUUUUAAAAAAUACAACUGAAUAUAAACUUCUCACAUGCCUAUUUCUUUGUGUGACCAUAUUUGCACCAACAUUUUGAACUUAGUUCUUAGGUUUCUUCUAAAAUUGAAGGAAAAUAUGAAUAUUAUUUUUGCUAUAAACUGGUUCAAAUUUUACAGUAGCAACUUAACAUUCUGCUCCGGUGAUUCGUCAGCAGUACAGAAAACCUUUGUGCCAUAAGUACAUCAAUGCAAGGAAGUGCACUUACUUUGAUCUUUGUAUAGUACAUACAGAGUUCAACAUCCGUGUUAACUAUGCAUACCAAGCUAAAGUUACUGAAAAUAUUUUCUAUCUCUUUGUUGAAAUGGAACGUGUGCUCAGCCUGCAAUCCAAAAAGUGGCUACAUUAAAAGAUUAAAAUGACUUUGUGCAGAUUGACUGUUAUCACUGGUUUACAUGGCACGACUAUUACAUUUCAUAUUUCUUUUUUAAAUCUAUGGGAAAAUCUCUUGUAAAAUGACUGAGUUAAGACUUUGGCUUUCAAACUUCCUUCAGUUUGAAGUUUUCCAUACAGAUCAAGACCUUAUCCAACAAACAGACUGUACUUAAGGCUGCUUGCUCCUCCUACACUGUACCUCCACCUCAUGCCUAAUCUGAUCUCUGGGCUGCCAUUACAAACCACAGUCCCCCCACCUCCUGAUUCUCAUUCUUCCUCUUUCUUAAAAUAUUCUGUGACUUCAUCAGCUGAUUCUAAUCAACUGUACCCCUCUUCCAUUUAUAAGAAAGUAAAAGAAAAAAAUCCUUUUAAUUUAUUACCACAAACACUACUGAAAUAGGUCUUAAAAAGAAAACUUUAGAAUUACGUACUGGGUUUGAAGCAAGUUGUGUAAGUAACUGCAGGUUUCAAGUCAUUGUUUUUUAAUAUUCGAGCAAAUAGAAACCAGAAAAUAUUAAUUAAUAACAUAGAAAGGGCAGAAAUGUGAUAAAGCAGAUGAGAAGCACAGCUUAGCGUAACUGUAACACCACAGAGGUGGGCUUGACCCAAGUACCAGGGGUAUUUACACAAACUCUGCAGAUAGGAGCUAGCUCAGGGAACAGCAGCAACCUAACUGUAACUCAGUGCAAGCCAAGAAGCAUUCGUAACCCUUUGUUGAACUCUUUCAAGUCAUGGCUUAUUAACAUGUUAUCCUUAUCCCAUGCUACCUCAUCUUGAAACGGCCUCAGCUGCUGCUUUGGUAUUCAGCAGUUACUAUCAUGAGUGCAACAUACACACAAGGUCUGAUGUACUUUAAGGUAACGUUUAAUAUUAAAGACAUUGUACAUUAACACUUUCCAAGACAUAAUAAAAAACAGAUUUUUCCUUGUCACUUCUUUCCUGCUCUCGAUGCAAAACUUUAUUCUAAGCAAACUACAAAAAUCCUUCCUCAGCAAAGCAAGAGAACAAGAACUUUCCUACUGAGCUGUGCAGUACGGCCUUUUGGCUCAAGUGUCCCAACUUGUAGCUGCGUUCUUAGUCUGACUUCACAAGGAAGCUUGGAAUUUCCAUGUUGUUUGAUGGAUAAGACAUUACUUAAUUCUUCAGAGACGUGGCCUGCUUCAGAGCCACGAGUGGAUCUUGAAUUCUCCACCAUGUAAACAGAAGCAUUUCACGGGAUCCUGGGGAAUCGCACAUGGAGAAACAAGGCCAUUUAAGGGCUACGUCUUUAAAGUAAGAAAAUGUGGUUUGCUUGAUAUAUAUUUUUAAGUGUAAUAAAAAUGGAUUCACUCAUUCA